GAACAAUUUAGUUGUUCAAUAUUUCCAAUAAACAUACAGUUUACUUAAAAAUAUAUACAAAUCGGAAUGGGGGUAUUUUAAUUAUGUGGAUUUUUAUGAUUUAUAUCGUGUUAUUCUUUCCAUUUGUAAGGUCAAUCUUAUAAUAAACUUAAAUAAAUCGAAUUGUCUACGUAUCACAUUACUCAUUAAUUUUGAAUUUCUUUUUAAUGUUAAUUUACUUGUUGUCAAUAGUAACAACAAUCUGUAAUUUGAUUGGUUUAUAUGUUGUUUGUAUGAAAACAUUCGAAUUUUUUUUUUAAUUCUGUAAGGCAGAUGUUUAAGAAAAUCACUUUAUGACCGUUUCAUAGAGGAGCUAUUAUUUGAUUUUACUAAGUCUUGUUCAAGUGAAUUGACUCGGUGAUAAUAUUAAUUCGAUCUAUAUAAGAGAAUAAAUACAUGAAAUUAUGCCAACUGUAUGUUUGGAAAAAAGUACGCCAAAAAACAAUAUAGCACGUAAAGAAUAUAAUAAAUUAAUUGGUGAACUAAACAAUGAAAUUGAUCGACUUUCAACACAGAAUAAAAGUUUAAUUGAAAAAUUAGCAAUUACAGAAGAUCAAAUUACUGUCGGUAGAAGAAAUGAAAGAGAUUUAGAAAACCAUAAUAAAGCUUUAGUUGAAGAAUUAUGUCAAUUGAGUAAAGUAAAUUUAACAUUGAAGGAUGAACGUCGACAUGAAAUUGAUUUAAUUGAAGAAGAAACUAAACGUCUUCGUAUUCAACUUGAUGAUGCUGUUCGAUUGAAAAUGGAAGCAGAAAAAGAAAUUCAAAAAUUAAAUAUGGAAAGAGAAAAUCUAGAACGUAACUUAUCCGAUGCACAGAAAAAAUGUCAUACAAUGGAUACAAGUGAACGUGAUAUGAGAAAUCUUAUUUUACGCGCUGAAGAAGAUAAAAAACGUUUAGCUCAAAGAAUAGAAAAAUUAACUGCAAACGAACGAGCUCUAGUUCUGGAAUUAGAAAGACUUAAACGACAUGGUGGUACAAGCGAUGGUCGAACUAAACGUAUCAGUCAAUUAGAUGAAUUUAUAUCUGGAAUUGAAGCAGAUCGUGAUUAUUGGCGUGGACAAGUGGAAAUAUUGCAACAAAUGUUAAAUUAUCCUUCAUUAACAAGUGGAACUGAAGGUAGUGGAAUUGGACGUACAACAACAAGUAGUCGAUUGAAAAGUAAACCACCUACUGGACAACAUACAACAACACCAAGUAAAUUAGGUGGUUCUUUAAAAGAUGCAAAACAAAGAAAACUUGAACAACAAGUUCAAGAACUACGUGUUGAAAGAGAUUUACUACGUCAAGAGUUAGAUAGUAUAACACGAUCUCGUCAUAGAAGUCCAUCACCAGUGACUAGAUCAAGAUCAUUAAAUCGAUUUCAGACUCGAGAUGAUUACACGGAGUUGACUAAACUUCGACAAGAACGCGAUGAAUUACGAAGUUUACUCAAUAAACUAGAACAUAGAGUUCAAGAAAUUCAGCGUAAUGUUCAUACACUUACACAAGAAAGAGAUCAAAUUAACAAAUUAUACAACGAUUCACGAAGUGAAAUACACCGAUUACAUCAAGAUCUUUAUGCAAUGCAUGAAACUGGUGAUCGAAAUACACAAACUACACAAACUGUUUUACGACGUGUUGAAUCAGAAAGAGAUCGUGCAUUAGUUGAUUUAUCCAGAGUAACUGCUGAACGUGAUAGUUUAAUUACAAAAUAUAAAGCAACAGUUGAAUUGGCUAAUAAAGAUAAAGUUCAUUUAGAAUCAUGUAUUGAAGAAAUGAGUUCAGCGCAUAGACAAUCAUUAAGAGAACGUGAAGAUUUAGUUCAACGUUCCAAUGGUCUUCAUGAACGAAAUAUUGAACUUGAUGCAGAAAAUAAAAAAUUAGAUUUGGAAGUGAAACGUAAUGCAGAAGCGUUACGAGCAGAAAGAAAUACAAUUGCUGAUCUUCAGCAGCAGUUAGAAUUAUGCAGACGAAGAUCAGAAACAGCUGAAAGAGACGCAAAUGAUUGGAGUUCACGUGUACGUUUGGCAGAAGAUCAAUUGCAUAAAUCUGAAACACGUGUUGUACAAUUAGAAAGAGAAUUACGCGUAGAAAGAGAUGAUUACAGUCAAUUGAGAUCAAGAAUGGAAAUGUUAGAGGAAGAAAAACAAAAUUUGGAGAUUAAUUUAAAGGAAACAUCUCAAAGAUUAUCACAUACGGAAGUUGAUUUAUCAAGUAGACUACGUGAAAUUCAUGAUAUACGAUCAGCACAUGAAGAAGCUGUACGUACAAAUACACGUACACAAGAAGCUUUAUCUACACGUAAUAAUGAAUUAACAGCAGCUAGAACUGAAUUAAAUUCAAUACAAACAAGUUUAUCUGAAACACGUCGACUAUUAGAAUCAGAACAACGUGAAACAUCAAGAUUAAGAGAAGAUUUAAAUCAUAUGGCAAGGGAAUCACAAACAUUACAAACAGACUUACAGGAUGUAGGUGAUGAAAGAGAUGAAUUAAAACAACGAAUGAAAGAUUAUUUAAAUGAACUAUCACGUUUAGAACGUGUAUUAUCAGAAAGAGAUAGUGAAUGUAGUAAAUUAAUGGAUCAAUUAAGAACAGCAAAUGAAGAAUCUGAAAGUUGGAGAACAAGAUGGGAAACAGCUGAAAAUAAAUUAACUAGUUGUAAAGUUGAUUUAGAAGAUAAAGAAGGUGAAUUAUCUAAUGAACGUGAAAGAUCAGAUUUAAAAGAUAGAGAGAUAUCACAUUUACGAGCUACACUUAAUUCAACUGAAAUUCAAAGUAAUGCAACAUCACGAUCAUUAGUUGAAGCUAAUGAACAACUUAGAAUGUCUCGAGCAGAAAUUGAAACACUUUCUACAGAAAUAUCACGAAUACGUGAUGCAUUAUCUCGAAGUGAAACAGAAAAAGCCAAUGUACAACGUGAAAAUAAUACACAACGUUUAGAUAAUGAUCAAUUACGUGCACAGUUAGAUGAUUUUGAAGUAGAAUUAGAACAAAUUAAAGAACAAUUAGAAGAUGAACGUGAAAAUAAUAGAAAUAUUAAUGAAAUACUUACAAUUACAAGACAAAAAGAACAAAAAGCUUUAUCUGAAGCUCAGGAAAGAACUACUGAAGUGAUUGCUUUACGCGACAGAAUUGCUAGUGCGGAAGAGCGAGCUGAAAUGGCUCAACGUGAAGUAGAAAAAGUAAGAGAACGAUUAGCUGAAACAGAACGAGAAGCAAACCGGUUAUCAAGAAGUUUAUCAGCUGAAAGAUUUGAGAAAGAACGUGCUUUAUCCGAACUAAGAUUAAGCAGUUUACCAGCAGGUUAUAGACCUUCAGGCUAUUCAAGUUUAGGAGCAACAUAUUACCCGGGUACUUCAGUCAGUCGAGAUCGUACGGCUUAUCAAGAAAGAGAUGAUUAUUGAUUAUAGUUCUGUUAAAAUUUCCUAUAAGCUGCUUUUCAGAUAGUUAUAUGAAAUAUUGUUCCAUUGACCGUUUGUUAUUUCUUCGACAGUUUUACACUUUGAUUACUAUUUCACCAAAUUUUAUGAAAUUUAUACAUGUGAUUAUAUCAGACAAAAAACGGAUAGGAUGAUUCUUAUGUAAACUUUUAUACGAAAUAAAUGAAAAAAAGCAUCUAACAAGUUUAGAUUUAUGAAUUUAAUAUGUUCAUUUAUUACCUUAAAUGUACCUUAUGAAAGGGAAUCAUUAAAGGAUUACUGGAAAAGUUUUGUUCAGUUAAAAAAUCUACUAUAUGCAAUUCAAAAAAUCCAACUGAAGAUCAUAACACGAGACAGAAUAUGUUUGAAACCUAGUAAAGGUUGGAAUACUGCCCGAGCGCCCAAACUGAAGCAGGAAAUUAGAUAAAUUUAUCCUUUUAUUUAUAUAAAUUUUAAAAAAAAAGGAAUAUUCCGAUUAGAAACAUUCCAAAAGGAUUUUUAAAACUGAUAAGGAAAUCCAAACAAACACACACACUCGUACCAUAUACUGCACUGUUGAUGAGUUAACUUAUGAAUCUGAAAGAAAUCUUUGAUUGAUUUCAGAUAGGAGAAAUGAAGAACUAUUUAUUACUUUAUAAUGUGUAUUUUUAUCAUGGAUUAAUAAUCACCUUAGUAGCAAAUCCAGAUGUCAUAAUAAACAAACUCUUCUUAGCACGAUAGGUUGAUAUCAAUCAGUUUGUGAUACAGUACAAACAUUUUUCAAAGUUAUUAAAUAUACACAUAAUUUUAUUCGUAACUCUUGCCUGUGACCCUCAGUUUA